UAAAGGUGUGUGUUGAUGAAUGAGGGGCAGAGCAGACGGAGUGGGGGUCUGAAGGACGAACGCAGAGCGGGUCGGAGGAUCGGACGGAGCGGGGACCUGGAGCGGAGUCGGACCGUCGGGAUGUCGGAGCGCAUCGCGUCGUGCGGGAGUCUGUACGACAGCACCAACCUGCUGCUCCAGUACUGCAACAACGAUGACACGGUGUCGGCGAGCAGUAACAUGGACAUGGAGGACCGGGUUUCCCACCUGGAGCAGCGUCUGCAGCUGCAGGAGGAUGAGAUCCAGCUGCUGAAGGCGGCGCUGGCCGACGCCCUGCGCCGACUCGGAUACUGUGAGGAGCAGAGUCUGGGGGUGCCGCCAGGGGGGGUCCACGGUGGGAGAAGGCCCCUGGCCGCCACUGCUCCAGCGCCGUCCACUAAAGUGCGUCAGCUGCUGCAGGCUCUUCCAUCCAGACCUCUGAGUAAUGGCUACGUCCAACAGAAACGCCUGCUGUCGUCCCCCUCGUCCCCCAAAAAAGAGGUGCUGCAGUCCAUUAAGAGGAAGAGCAUGUCCACGGAGCGCCUAACCCUGAUCAGGAGGGAACUGGGAGCAGAGAGUCGGAGUCGGACCACCUCCUCCAGCAGCUCCUCUGGAGGAAAAAGCAAAUCCAAAGAAUGCAGCUUUAAUGCAGAUGACGGCUAUGUGAGGAUGUUCCUCCGAGGUCGUCCCGUCACCAUGCACCUCCCCGAUGACCAGAGGGAGAGUUACAGCCUCGACCACAAGGUGGCGCUGCCCGACCGCAAGCUCAAACUGCAGUGGGUGUAUGGUUACCGUGGUCGCGACUGCCGCUCCAACCUCUACCUGCUGCCGACUGGAGAGAUCGUGUACUUCAACGCCUCCGUGGUGGUUCUGUACAACAUCGAAGAGCAGCAGCAGAGACAUUACCUGGGCCACAAUGAUGAUGUCAAAUGCCUGACUGUGCAUCCUGACAUGGUUACCAUAGCAACGGGGCAAGUGGCUGGAAACUCUAAAGAUGGAAAGCUUCUGGCUCCUCAUAUCCGGGUUUGGGACUCGGUGAGUCUCAACACGCUGCAUGUGAUUGGGAUGGGAGUGUUCGACCGAGCCGUCACCUGCGUGGCCUUCUCCAAGUCGAACGGUGGUGCUUUCCUCUGUGCUGUGGACGACGCCAACGAUCACAUCCUGUCGGUCUGGAACUGGCAGAAGGAGAAGCAGCUGGCUGAUGUGAAGUGCUCCAACGAGUCUGUCCUGGGCGCCGUGUUCCAUCCCAUGGACGCCAACCUGAUCGUCACCUGUGGAAAAUCUCACAUCAACUUCUGGACCAUGGACGGAAACACCCUGACCAAGAGACAGGGCCUGUUCGAGAAACACGAGAAACCGAAGUACGUGUUGUGUGUGGCGUUUGCUGAGAAUGGAGACGCCAUCACUGGAGAUUCCAGCGGAAACAUCUACAUCUGGGCCAAAGGUGGUAACCGUAUCAGUCAGGUGGUUUCCGGAGCCCACGAGGGAGGGAUUUUCUCGGUGUGUGUCCUGAAGGACGGCACCAUGGUGUCGGGAGGAGGGAAGGACCGGAAGGUGGUGCUGUGGGACCGAGACUACAGGAAACAGUCUGAGAUGGAGGUGGGGGAGUCCUUUGGUCCUGUUCGGGCUCUGGCUGAAGGGAAACAAGGAGAACUCUUCGUAGGAACCACCAAGAAUGCGAUCAUUAAAGCAUCUUUCCCUGAUACGCUCACUGCUAUUGUACAGGGUCACACCGAUGAGCUGUGGGGUCUGGACGUCCAUCCCACCAUGGAGCAGUUCGUCACCUGCUCUCAGGAUCGACACGUUCACCUCUGGGACACCAACUCCCAUCAGCCCCUCUGGACCAAAACCAUUGAGGAUCCAGGCAGGUCUGCAGGUUUCCAUCCUAGUGGGUCUGUUCUGGCUGUGGGGACCAUGACUGGACGGUGGUUGGUGCUGGACACUGACACUCGGGAUCUUGUUUCUAUGCACACCGACGGCAAUGAGAUCAUCUCCAACAUCAAGUACUCUCCAGAUGGAAACUUCCUGGCUGUUGCUUCACACGACAACUUUGUUUACAUCUACGCUGUGACGGAGAACGGACGGAAGUACAGCCGCGUGGGCAAAUGCACCGGCCACUCCAGCUUCGUCACCCAUCUGGACUGGUCCAGUGACAGCCAGCAUCUGGUCACCAACUCAGGAGACUACGAGAUCCUCUUUUGGACAUCCAGUGGUAAACAUGUGACCAACAUGGACACCGUCCGUAACAUUGAAUGGGCCACGUCCACCUGCACUCUGGGCUUCAAUACCUUUGGAAUCUGGCCCGACGGAGCCGACGGCACAGACAUCAACGGCGUGUGCAGGUCACAUGACGGGGCUCUGCUGGCCUCUGCUGACGACUUCGGCAAAGUGCACUUGUUCUCGUUCCCCUGUUCUCAACCAAGGGCUCAGAGCCACGAGUACAGUGGCCACAGCAGUCAUGUGACCAACGUUGCCUUCCUGCACGACGACAGUCACCUCAUCUCCACCGGCGGGAAAGACACCAGCAUCCUACAGUGGGUGGUUGCCUAGGUAACGCGCUGCCACACCCCCCCACACACACCCCGUCACCUCCUCACUGUUCCCCCUCCAGACCACCAGGGGGCAGCACCUCCUCUGUGCCUACCAGACGACCCGCAGAUGUCACACGGAGGAGAGAACUGUGUUACUGUCAUAAAUGAAAUAACGUUCAGUGUCCUGUUUGUCCUAGAAUGUACGAAAUAGAAAGUAAAAUCCUUUUUUCCCAAAUGGAACAGAAAACCUGGCUGAAUGCUGCAAGCGUCGACCACGUUAGACCCCUUUUCCACCGAGGCUGGUUCGGAGCCGGAACCUGGACUCGUUUGUGCUUAAAUAGUCGUCUAAAGCGGCGGUCUAAAGCCCAGAUUAGAUGAAAGAUUCACAACGAGAUGAGCUGGAAAUGUAAUGAGACAGGGUGGUGUACCGUUUCCAUAGUAACGACUCCAACUUAUCACUGGAUAUACUUUACUUUAUGUUGGAUUAUUUAUUACAGGUAUUUAUUUACACUAUUGAUGAAAUGGUGAAAAC